AUGACGGUGCGGUACACGUGUAAACCUUUCCCCGGAUAUUCUAAUAUGCACACCAACUUAUUAGCAGCCAACCAGGGUGGCCAGGCGAUCGAUGAUUUUCCUAGGCAAAAAGGGAAGAAGAAAGCUUACCAAGCAGCAUCCUUCGCAAAACCAAAAGAACAGUCCCUCGGCAGUCAUCUCGUUCCCAGGAUCGACUUCCACGCUGAGCGGAGGAUCAAAAUCCUCGCGCAUGCUGGUGGCGAUGGCGUCGAUGAUCUCCUGCGGAGCGUUAUAGGAUUUUGCGACGCUGAGCACUGUCCGUGGCCUCCCGUCCACUUCGACGGGCUCGUCCAGCAGCCCGGGGCAUCGCUGCUCCAGGAGCAGGCGCACGACGGCCACUUGCAAAAGAAAAUAUAUUAUAAGUUUAUAUUACCUAAAAAUGUUAAUUUAAUAUUAAGCUUUAAACUGUGA